GCUGGUGUUUUAGGUUUUAAAAAGGGGGGCUAGGGUUUUAGCUUCUUGCCUUCCAUAGCUCUAACAUCUCUCCAUAGCUUCCCCUUCCCCCACAAAACAACACACGAAAUACAAUGAGCAACGACAAGGAUAACUUUAACAUGUCCGAUCUCAACGCCGCUCUCAACCAGGAGGAUCGAGCAGGCCUCGUUAAUGCUCUCAAGAAUAAGAUACAGUCUCUUGCUGGGCAGCACUCCGAUUUGCUCGAGAAUCUACCUCCCAAAGUCAGGAGACGUGUUGAGGUUCUCAAGGAGAUCCAGGGCCAACAUGAUGAAUUAGAGGCGAAAUUUUUAGAGGAGAGAGCGGCUCUUGAAGCAAAAUAUCAAAAGUUAUAUCAACCAUUAUAUACCAAGAGAUAUGAACUUGUAAAUGGUGUUGUUGAAGCUGAAGGAGUUACUGAUGAGGCAGCUCUGGAAGGAGAAGAUAAAGCUGCUGAAGAGAAAGGGGUACCCGAGUUCUGGCUCACUGCAAUGAAAAAUAAUGAAGUGCUAGCUGAGGAGAUAUCCGAGCGUGAUGAAGCAGCUCUGAAAUAUCUCAGAGAUAUUAAAUGGUGUAGAAUAGAUAAUCCAAAGGGGUUCAAACUUGAGUUCUUCUUUGACACAAAUCCUUAUUUCAAGAACUCUGUCUUGACAAAGACAUAUCACAUGAUUGAUGAAGAUGAACCUAUUUUAGAGAAAGCAAUCGGGACAGAAAUUGAGUGGUAUCCAGGAAAAUGCUUGACGCAGAAGCUCCUUAAGAAGAAGCCUAAGAAGGGAUCAAAGAAUUCGAAGCCAAUUACUAAAACUGAAAGUUGUGAAAGUUUCUUCAACUUUUUCAGUCCACCUCAAGUCCCCGAGGAUGACGAGGAUAUUGACGAGGAUGCUGCCGAGGAACUCCAAAAUCAAAUGGAGCAAGAUUAUGACAUUGGGUCAACUAUUCGAGAUAAGAUCAUACCCCAUGCUGUAUCAUGGUUUACUGGGGAGGCUAUUCAGGAAGAUGAGUUUGGAGACAUAGAAGAUGAUGAUGAAGAUGAAGAUGUUGAAGAUGAUGAUGAGGAAGAGGAGGACGAUGAAGACGAAGAAGAUGAUGAUGAAGAUGAGGAGGAAAGUAAGACCAAAAAGAAGUCAUCGGCUGGACACAAGAAGAGUGGAAGAACACAAGCUGUGGAUGGUCAGCAGGGUGAGCGGCCUCCAGAAUGCAAGCAACAGUAAGAUUAGUAACGUUUGCUGUAGCAGCAGGUGCAAUACGCCCGAGAGUUGUCAUGGGGGUCACUGCAAAAUGUUAAUCAAAAAGAGGUGGCGAUUUUGAAUUGUUCUUUCUUUCAUAUUUUUCUUCCUAAUGUUAUAUGAGGAAUGAUUUUGGGUCUCUUUUUCUCCCUUUCCUUAUCUUGAUGUUGGUUUGAAAAGACUGGUUUAUAUAGUGAGAUAUGUCCUGUGAUUUGUUGAUGCAUGUAGGGGUCUUGAAUGUUUCCAGUAUUGUUUCUAGUAAAUCAGCUUUUUGGUA